AUGCCCUCGCGCCGGACAAAAAGCUCCUGUCGAGGGGUGUCUGUGCUCUUUGAACAUGCAUAUUUUCGUCUUGGACCUAUCAGAGACCUAGUCGCUGACAUCACCACCUCCGCGCCGGCCGGCCGCUUUGUUGACAGUGUUGUCAAGAGCACGCCAUCGCAAACUCAACCCAGACAAGACCGGAUCCCCACGUCGGCUUGGGAAAGUUGGCGUCUUUUGCUCGGGGCUAGGGGUUUUACAGCGGUACCUUGCAUUUCCUCUCAGAUUCCCAUGUCAGAUUUCGAUCUCAGAUUGCCUGGUGUAGCUGCGGCAGAGACCAGCAUUCGGUUUGCGGCGUGGGGAGCAUAUCUUCGGCCGCAUCGCCAGUCCAAGGUUGGAUCGAUCCCUCCUGUGUUUUCCGGAUGCAGCAUAGCAUUGAGGGAAGUUUAA